AUGGCACCAAAGCGUCGUUCUCGUAAGACUACGAAAGAUGUGUACGCCAAUUUGCCCAAUGAAGAACGUGCAAAGCUUGGUGCUGAAGCUAAGGAGCGCGGAAAUGCCGCAUUUUCCUCGGGUGACCACGCUACAGCCAUCAAAGAGUUCACAACGGCCAUCGCAUACGAGCCAACUAAUGUAAUUUACUACUCGAACCGCUCGGCUGCUUACCUGUCAGCAGGCCAAGCCACACCAGCCAUGCAAGACGCCAAGUCAUGCAUUGAGUUGGACGCAAAGUUUGCCAAGGGGUACGCUCGUUUAGGUGCCGCCCAUUUUUACAUUAAAAAUUACGCCAAAGCCAUCACUGCCUAUACUCAAGGUCUUACUGUCGAAAAGGGUAAUAAGGCAUUGCAAGCCGGUUUGACACAAGCACAAGCUGCACAACAAGUGCAAGACGAAGAAAUCAGUGGUGUUGAGAUGGAUGAGGCCACGCGGAAGAUGAAGCGUAUGGAAAUUGAAGCAAAGAUCAACAAGGCUCGAAAGGAGCGUGAAGAACGUGCAAAGCGCGCUGAAAAAGGAUUCUCGGAGGUCAUUGGUAUUGAUUUGGGUACGACUUACUCAUGUGUGGGUGUCUGGAAGGACGGUCAAGUCGAGAUCAUCGCAAACAGUGAAGGAAAUCGUACUACUCCAUCAUGGGUUGCUUUUAAUGAGAGUGAACGUCUGAUUGGUGAAGCUGCAAAGAUCCAAGCUGCGAGUAAUGCCACGAACACGAUCUUUGAUGCCAAACGUAUCAUUGGCCGCAGUUUCAGCGACGAGGUCGUGAAAAAAGAUGCGACGCACUUUCCCUUCACGAUCAAGGAAGGAGACGAUGAUAAAGUGUUGAUUGAAGUGGACUUUAAAGGUGAGAAAAAGAGCUUCACACCAGAAGAAAUUUCAUCUAUGGUAUUGCUGCGAAUGAAGGAGACGGCUGAAGCGUUUUUGGGCCAAAAUAUUUCACAAGCUGUUGUGACCGUCCCCGCAUACUUUAAUGACCAGCAGCGACAGUCGACCAAGGAUGCCGGUUCAAUCGCCGGACUUGACGUGAAGCGUAUUAUCAAUGAACCUACAGCGGCUGCUUUGGCGUAUGGACUCGACACAAAUGCAGGCACGGACGGCAAGGCGUGCAACGUUUUGAUAUUCGACUUAGGUGGUGGUACCUUUGAUGUAUCGAUUCUAUCGAUUGAGAAUGGCAUUUUUGAAGUCAAAUCGACAGGUGGUGACACUCAUUUGGGUGGUGAAGACUUUGAUAACAACAUGGUUGAGUAUCUUCUUUCGGAGUUCAAGCGCAAAAAUCGCAACAUGGAUCCGUCUACUUCAGCUCGUGCUAUGCGUCGUCUUCGGACUGCCUGUGAGUCGGCUAAGCGAAUGCUAUCAUCUACAACGUCAGCUUCGGUCGAGGUUGAUUCGCUUUUUGAAGGCGUUGACUUUUCGUCUACUGUUACCCGUGCCAAGUUUGAAUCGUUAAAUGAAGAGUUGUUCAAACGAUGUGAAGAGACGGUUUUGAAAGUGUUAGAAGAUGCCAAAAUGAAGCCAGAAGACGUGACUGAAUUGGUUCUGGUGGGAGGUUCGACGCGUAUUCCCAAGGUCCAGACGAUGCUUUCUUCUCUCUUUGGUGGUAAAGAGUUGUCUAAGUCGAUCAAUCCCGAUGAAGCUGUUGCAUAUGGUGCUGCUGUGCAAGGUGCGAUUUUGGAUGGCAUCCGUAAUGACGCGACGAACUCGCUGCUGCUGGUCGAUGUUACACCGUUGUCGCUCGGAAUUGAGACAGUUGGGAAAGUCAUGUCAGUGCUUAUUAAGCGAAACACGGCCAUUCCCGUGCGCAAGACCCGUGUAUAUACAACUGAGGAGGACUACCAGACUUCAGUAGACGUUUGCAUUUACGAGGGUGAACGCGCUUGUGUUGAGUCGAACAACAAACUGGGCGAAUUUAACAUUUCGGGACUUGAACGGGCCAAGCGUGGUGAGCCACAGGUGGAAGUGACGUUUGAAAUUGAUGCCAACGGAAUAUUGAACGUGUCGGCUCGUGACAAAAAGACGGGUGCCAAAGCAGAGACUACUAUCUCGAACAAUCGUGGACGUCUGAGCCAGGAAGACAUAGAUCGAAUGGUUGCCGAGGCGGACAAAUUUAAGAAGGAUGACGCUGAGAUGCUGCGCCGCAUCGAGGCCCGCAACGACCUUGAACAAUUCAUCUACCGAGCUAUUGAAAUAGCUCGCGAAAAGGGCGAUACCAAUACGGAGAGCGCAAUUCGUGACGCCCGCGAUUGGCUUGAGGAUCACGAAGAGGCCACACUUCGUGAGCUUGAAGAUAAGAAGCGUAUGCUUGAGCGCAUGGUUCGCUUUUAA